AUGGUAUGGGACUGCGCCCGACUUGGUCGUCCCGCCACACUCACGCCGUUGCCGGUCUCCGGCGUUCGCUCUCAACCCAGAUCGUCCAAGCUAGACUCCUCUCGUAACAUGGGUUCUUUAUGUUCCAAGCCGGGAACGCACACCGGCGGACAUACCGUCCUCGGAUCUGGCACUGAGCAGUCGCCGACUCAGCCGCUCCCUCAGCACGAGAGUCCUGAACAAAGACGGGAACGGCUUGCUCGGGCUGCGAAGGAGAGACAGCAGAAGGAUUUGGAACGAUUAACGAACAAGAAGAAUCCGAAUGCUGGUAAACUGGCGUCACAAGUGAAUAAACCGGUGAAACAACCAACUCAGGAUAGACGGGAUGAACAACUCGUGUGGGAUUGA